CCCCUCGCGCUCGCCCCCUCCGCUCACAGCUCAGUUCAGCCCCGGCAGCGGCGUGAGUGAUACGUCAGCAACAGAUGCGGGGCUCCCAGGUUUGCAUCGUUAGGCCACGCUGAACGCCUGCAGAAACCAGAGAGGGGCAGCGAAGGCGGGGACGGGAGGUGUGGAGAUCCCCCCUAAAAGGCAGAAGCCCCCGCCCCCACCAGAGAGAUCCGCGCCCGCAGAGCGCUGCCUUCCUGCGGCCGCCGCUUAGCCGCCGGCGCCCACCUCUUCCCAGCCAUGCCAGGCCGGGCCGCCGACCCGGGGACGGUCCCCUUCUGCAACGCCACGGAGGAAAGCCGUGCGGGGGUCGAGGACUCGGAGGACGGCGGCGGCCAGAAGAGGCCGGGCGCACGCGAGCAGCGGCAGAACAUCGUUUGGAGGAACGUUGUCCUGAUGAGCCUGCUCCACUUGGCUGCUGUGUACUCCCUGGUGCUCAUCCCCAAAGCCAAGCCGCUCACACUGUUCUGGGCCUACUUCUGCUUCCUCCUGACUGCUCUGGGCGUGACAGCUGGUGCCCAUCGCUUGUGGAGCCACAGGUCCUAUAAGGCCAAGCUGCCUCUGAGGAUAUUUCUGGCUGCUGCCAACUCCAUGGCCUUCCAGAAUGACAUCUUCGAGUGGUCCAGGGACCACCGAGUCCACCACAAGUACUCGGAGACCGACGCUGACCCCCACAACGCCCGCCGGGGCUUCUUCUUCUCCCACAUUGGGUGGCUGUUUGUUCGGAAGCAUCGAGACGUCAUCGAGAAGGGGAAAACCCUUGACGUCACCGACCUGCUGGCUGAUCCUGUGGUCCGUUUCCAAAGAAAGUACUAUAAGAUCUCCGUGGUGCUCAUGUGCUUCGUGGUCCCCACGCUGGUGCCUUGGUGUCUCUGGGGAGAGAGUCUGUGGAACUCCUACUUCCUGGCCUCCGUCCUGCGCUACGCCAUCUCACUCAACGUCACCUGGCUGGUCAACAGCGCCGCCCACAUGUAUGGGAACCGGCCCUACGACAAGCACAUCAGCCCUCGGCAGAACCCUCUGGUCACGCUGGGCGCCAUUGGUGAAGGCUUCCACAAUUACCACCACACCUUUCCCUUUGACUACUCUGCAAGUGAAUUUGGCUUAAAUUUCAACCCAACCACCUGGUUCAUUGACAUCAUGUGCUGGCUGGGGCUGGCAACUGACCGCAAACGGGCCACCAAGCCAAUGAUCGAGGCCCGGAAAGCCAGGACUGGAGAUGGCAGCGCUUGAGCCUGGGGCCGCCCCCCGACACGUCCAUCGUUGACGCAUUGGUUCAUGCCUUCUGUCACUAUAGUUCUCUUGCUCAUUGGAUCAUGGGAGAGGGCAGAGGGUGGGAGGGAGUGGAAUCUAUGUGGUUUAGGAAUUUUUUGACUUUGUCUCAAAGUCAAGAUCCAGCUAUCAAUGAAAAAAAAAUUUAAGUCAAUGUAAUCAUGAUUUAACAUUAGAUCGUGGACAUGUGAUUUAUUCUCUGUAGCUACAACAUGUCAAACAUACAUUGUCCUGUGCUUGUACCUAACGUUAACCCUGACAGGAUGAAGGAAUUGCAUAUUCUUCAGUGUGAUUCAGGAGAGCGUUUUCUUUUCUAUAACUACCCCGGCAUUGUUUUUAAACACACUAGCUGAAGGAACAGAGACGCAGGGUAGCAGGCGAAAGAGGGGGUCUAAGUAGUAACUGAAGAAAGUUUUUGUUUUGUAAUCAUUGUGUGUUUUCGUUGUUUUUUAACUUAGAGAAUUGAACAUUUUUAAAAAAUAAAGACU